CAACAAGGGACUACUGCCAUUGCCAGUGAACGACGACGCUGUCUGGAGAAGCUGUUUACCAGCCGAGCCACCGAGGACCGAGAUGAAAUUGCCGCGCUCAGCUCCAAGCAGAUGAGCCUAACCGGAAAGGGAAAUGGAAUCGUUGUUGACGAGGACGACAGAUUCAACAACUUUGACGUGCUCAGCUCUUCCAGUGAAGAUGAGGAGGAGGACGAAGAUUACAAAAGCGACAAUGGAUCGGACGAGGAUUUUAUAUGCAAAAAUGGAUCAGACGAUGAUCAUGCUGGGGAUGAAAAUGAAGCCGCUGAUGAUGAAGGCGAAAAGGACAAAACUGAGGAGGAAGACAAUGUGGAGGAAAAUGUGGAGAAGGAAGAAAAUGAAGAUAGAAAUAAGCAAAUCGAACCGAAAGGACCGCUUGACAGCCUGAUGCGCCUCUUUGACUGGUCGCAGGUGGUGGUGCUCACCGAUGGAAAGGUGUACCUGAAAGAGCUCCACAAAAAUCAGUGGCACCACCGCCUGAGCGAGUGGAAGGACACCGAGGACUUUUCGCUUCAGCAGGCGGUGGCGGAGGCGGAGGCUGAGGCUGAGGCGAAGAAUGAUCAACAACCUGAACUUCUUCUUCUUCCUCGGGAAAAGAUGCAGUCAAAUGUGGGCACCUCAGUCGCCUCAGCUGCCUCUUCUCCACAGCUCAAGGGCAAAAAGUCGCCGGAAAAAACUUCGGUGACUUCAAAGGAGCGUUCCAAUGAAAAAAUAGCAUCAUCAUCGUCAUCAGCAUCAACACCGACAUCAUCAUCAACAUUAUCUUCACUGGCAGCAAAAGGAAGAAAACCUUCUUCUGGUUCAGGUCUCAAGAACAGUGGCAGCCAAAACUCGACCAAAAACGGUUCAACUGAUAAGGAUAACGCUCCAGCUAAGCGCAAAUCUCUGCCAAGGAAGCUUUUCAUUAAUGAUGUGUACACUGAUGAUGAUGAUGAUGAUAAUGAUGACAGUGCAAUUGAUGAAGAAGAAAAAGGAACAACUGGAACGAGCAUUCGUAAAGUUCCUGCAUCUGCCAAAAAGGCCGUCAAAACAAAACAGGCUGCUACCGAAGCUAAGAAGGCUGCUGAAACUAACACCAAAAAGACUGCUUUGACUACACUCAAAAGAUCUGCUCAAAAAGAUCUGAUCAGUUCUAAUGCUGUUGUUGCUGCUGAUUCUGAUUCUGAUUCCGCCGACAGUGACCUGGACAGCAGUUUUUUAUUUAAACCAAAGCGAGGUCGUUUUACGGUGCAGGAAACUGAUGAAGAAGAAGAAGAAGAUGAUGAUGAUGAGCCAGAACAAGCGGAAAUGCAAACACUCUCUGCACGUUCUUCUCCUGCAAAAGCUAAACCGGAUGUUCAAAUCAUCAAGAAGAAACGCCGCCCCCGCAAAAGAAUCGUUUUGAAGUGA